ACAGCGAUCUCCUUCCCCUGCUUCUUCCAAUCGCCCUGACGCCACCCACACUAGCUGCUGCACCCAUGUCCAAGAAGCUGCUUCCGAUCAUGGCGACCAAGAGCGCGAAGGAUUUGGUUGGCGACUCCAAGGCCUUGGUCGCAGCCAGUGACGUCGUCACCAGCAGCGCCAUCGCGGAGUCCUACAACGACCAGAUCCGCCCUCUCCUCGACGCCGUCGACCGGCUGCGCCACCUCAAGGUGACGCAGGAGGGGAUCCAGCUGCCGACCAUCGUCGUGGUGGGCGACCAGUCCAGCGGCAAGUCGAGCGUGCUCGAGUCGCUCGCCGGCAUCAGCCUCCCGCGAGGCCAGGGCAUCUGCACCCGCGUGCCGCUCGUCAUGCGGCUCCAGGACGACCCCUCCGCCGACUCGCCCAAGCUGCAGCUGGAGUACAGCAACGGCCGCGUGGUGACCACCUCGGAGGCCAAGGUCGCGGACGCCAUCAACGCCGCCACGGCCGAGAUCGCCGGGAGCGGCAAGGGCAUCUCCGACGCGCCCAUCACCCUCGUCGUGCGGAAGCGCGGCGUCCCCGACCUCACACUCGUCGACCUCCCCGGCAUCACGCGCGUCCCCGUCCAGGGCCAGCCCGACGACAUCUACGACCAGAUCGCCAAGAUCAUCAAGGAGUAUAUCGCGCCGAAGGAGAGCAUCAUCCUCAACGUGCUCUCCGCCACCGUCGACUUCCCGACGUGCGAGUCCAUCCGCAUGUCGCAGCAGGUUGACCGCACCGGGGAGCGCACGCUCGCCGUCGUCACCAAGGCGGACAAGGCCCCUGAGGGCCUGCUCGAGAAGGUGACCAUGGACGACGUCAACAUCGGCCUCGGCUACGUCUGCGUCCGCAACCGCAUUGGCGAGGAGACGUACGACCAGGCGCGCAUCGAGGAGGAGCGGCUGUUCAAGUAUCAUCCCCUCCUCUCCAAGAUCGACAAGUCCAUGGUCGGCAUCCCGGUGCUCGCGCAGAGGCUGAUGCAGAUUCAGGCGACCAUCAUCGCCAAAUGCCUCCCGGACAUCGUCAAGCAGAUCAACGACCGCCUCAGUCGCCACAGCAGCGAGCUGGACCAGAUGCCGCCGGACCUCAACAACGUCGCCGACGCGGUGAGGGCGUUCUUUCACAUCGUCAAGCAGGUGUGCGCCUCGCUCGAGAAGGUGCUCGUCCGAGGCGAGUUCGACGAGUUCCCCGACGACCGCCAUUUCCACGGCACCGCACGCAUCGCCGAGAAGAUGGACGGCUACAAGAGGAGGCUUCCCGCGGAGUGCCCGAAGAGCAGCGACGACGACGCCAUGUUCCUGAUGGAGGAGGUGCGCGUCCUGGAGGAGACCAAGGGGAUCAACCUCCCCAACUUCCUCCCGAGGUCCGCGUUCCUCGUCUUGCUCAAGAAGAAGGUGGAGACCGUCAUGCACGUGCCGCACGAGCUCGUGAACGAGGUGUGGGGUUACGUGGAGGAUGUGGUGAUGAACAUCCUUCUCAAGCACUCCGAGAACUUCCCCCAGGUGCAGCCGUCGUGCCGCCGCGCCGUGCAGACACUGAUGGACAAGGCGCGGGCGCGGUCGGCGCAGCACGUCAAGGAGCUGAUCGAGAUGGAGCUCGUCUCCGACUACACGGCGAACCCGGAUUACAUGAGGACGUGGACGGAGAUCAUGGAGGGCCACGAUAGUUUCAUGGAGGCCGUGGAGGACGGCUCCAAGCCCGCGAGGAUCACCCUGGAGGGCUUUGGGGAGGUGGACGUUUCGCACCUGAGGGCGCACGCCGGCUUGGCCGGGCAGGCGUUCGACCUGAGGGCGCGGCUCACCGCGUACUGGAGGAGCAUCGUGCUCCGCCUCGUCGACGGGCUGGCGCUGCACGUGCUUCGGGUCGUCAAGCGCCUCGUGGAGCACGACCUUGAGGCGGAGCUCGCGGAUGAGCUCCUGGGCAACAAGAUGGCCGGCGUGGAGAGGAUGCUGGCGCCGUCGCCGAGCACCGGCGCCAAGCGCGAGCGCCUGAAGAAGAGCAUCGUCCUGCUGCGGCAGUCCAAGGAGGUUGUCGCGAACAUCAUGGACAGGAUCAGCGCCGCAGGUGAAGUUUAGGCUGUUGCCUUAGGUCAAAACUUUGGAUUUAUGGUGUUGCCAUGUGCUGUUGUGGCGUGUCGCUAGCUGUGAACCUAAGUUGAUUGCCGUCUGCUGUUAUGGUUAACUUUUGAUUCGUAAUGUUGCGGUGGGCAUAUGCAUCACUAAUUGUCCUGUUUUGUUUAACUGAAACAUAUAUGUAUCAGCGCUGAUACAUAUAUGUAUGCAAAAAUCGUACUAAUUUAUCGUAUGCAUUGUAAUUUUCUAUAAGUAUCUUUAGUAUGGAUAAAGCCCAAGUAUAUUUGCUGGGUCUAGUGAGGAAAA